CUCUGGCCACACAACGCGAUUCCGUUUUGUUCCCCAACUCAUGGUGUUUCGUUACAGUGAUCUGUACAGCCAUACAGCUUACCAAUGCAAAAUAUCUCCCGAUUGCACGUAUUUAGCCAACGCCGUCGAUAAACGGCUCGUCAUACGCAGACACUCACAUGAUCUCGCCAUCGUACACAUCUUUCACUGUAUGCGGACCAUUGAUCUCGUGGUCUGGUCUCCCGAUUCACGUUACGUUCUGAAUGCCCACUAUGCUUCGGGGACUAUUGAAGUGUGGGAGGUCGGAGGCACGCCAUGGCACAGCACCAUUCAGGAAACAGCCAGUAAAAUUACCAGUAUACGAUGGAGUACCGAUUCAAAAACGGUCAUUAGUGCUUGUGACUUGCGAAUGGUGUUUUGGAAUCUGGCGGAUCAAAGGAUUGAAUACAUUCGAUAUCCCAAAUUUGCGGACAAAGGGUGUGAACCAAGCCCCGAUGGAAAAUAUUUAGCCAUUGUGGAGAUGAAGCAUGGAAAGGAUCACAUCAGUAUCUAUAAUGGAUCGACUUUGGUAUUACUGACGCAAUUUGCCACAGAUACAGUCGACAUGGAAAAUCUGCAAUGGUCACCGGAUAGUCGCUAUAUCGCAGUAUGGGAUGACUGCUUGUAUUAUCAAUUGCUGAUUUACCGACCGGAUGGUUAUCUCGUCGCAUCCUACCAAGCAUAUGAAUACGGAUUGGGCAUCAAAUCUGUGACCUGGAGUCACAACAGUCAAUUACUUGCUAUAGGUAGCUAUGAUCAAAAGAUUCGCAUUCUGAGCACAUCCAGUUGGGAUGUAUGUGGUAUAUUGUCCCAUCCGUCCGUCCAGCGACCGACGAACAAAGCUUAUCCCAUUAUUUAUGAAGAAAGCAUCAACUUGUCCACAACCACCCCCUCCGCCAUACCCGCCAUUGAAUACCGACAAAUCAUACGACGACCUUUUAAUAUCCCUAUAUUACGCCCUGAAUAUAAUAUCCAUCAUCCAAAAACAGGCAUCGGUCUGUGCCAAUUUAGUGCCGACGGGAACAUGAUAUGUGCCCGAAAUGAUGCCAUGCCAACCACCCUUUGGUUAUGGUCUACAAAGGACAUGCAAUGCUGUGCCAUCAUCAUACAACAAAAACCGAUUCGUCAAGCCCUGUGGAACCCACGCCGGUUUCUGCUGGCCAUGAUCUGUGGCGACGAGCAUAUCUACAUCAUCCAACACCAGCAUCAGGAAAACGCAUCUCAUCACGCCAUUGGAAAUAUUCGUAUUCUUCCCUUGGCGGUACCUACCAGUCAAUUCAAUAUUCGAAAAAUUCAAUGGACCCCAGAGGGGGAAUCGUUGUUACUGUUGGACAAUAACUUGUACUGCUUAGCAUCGCUCAAGGUGCCAGUGUAAAUAAACCAAAUCGCAGUCAUGCCAAACAU